AUGAAGCAAAAGCCUCUCAAAAAGACUGCUUUUUCCACUAGCAGUUUAGAAUCCAGGCGAGGAGAAUUCUCUGCCAAAAGUAUUGAUUCUUAUAUCACCAACUAUACUCCAAAAUUGGAGGUCAGUGCAGAACUGCAGAUCGAAAGAAACUUGCAGCUAAUGCAAGAUCUUGUACAUAAAGUUGAAGAUAUAUACAAAAGUAAUAAUGAAAAUGUCAGCUAG